AUGGUUAGAAUUAGGGGAGGAUCUACUAGUGCCGGACGGUCUUUUAGGCUUAGGGAUGAAGACAUUGAAGUUGUUGAUCCACCUCCUGUGACACCUAAAAAGAAGAAAGUGACCCGUGGUGGCAAAGUGAAGCAGACUGCUCGAAGAAAAUUGGUUACUCCAACUGCUGAAUCAUCUGAUGAACAAACGGAAGAGCAGAUCUCUGAAGGGAACAUUGCUGGUGGAAAUGAGGAACCAGAGCAGGCUACCCAAGGUGAUGAAACUCAGAAUGAAGAAAACACUACUGAGAAUCAGCCAACACCUGAACCCUCCAUCAGGAAGUCUCCAAGGACAAGGACUGAGACUCAAAAUGUUGGUGCAUCUGUCACCCAAACCUCAAAAAGGACACGUUCUGGGAAGAAUCCAGUAUCUCAGCCUGAACCUGAACCUGUUCCUCUACCAAAGUUCAUCGAUGAUGAAGCCAGAGAUAGAUUUGAGCUAGUCUCUCAGAAAGGGUUCAUCACCCAAAGGCUCAUCAUUCCCUUUGAAUUUCGCCAUUGGUGCUAUAAGGAAACUGUUGCUGAGUCUAGAAGGAAGAAUUUUCAUGAAACCCCUGUCACUCCUAGGACCCCUCGUGAUCAGUCAGACCUUAUCUCUCCUUUCACCAUUCAUCCUAGGAAGUCUGCUAGCAGAUCCUUUGCAUCCAAUUCUGAAGUCAUUUCCUUGCUUGAAGACCUCAAGCAGCAUGUCUUGCUUGUUGAAGAAGGACCAACUACUAGUGCUGAGACUACACGAGCUUCUAGUUCUCAACCCAAGGAUAAAGGCAAGGCUCCAGCAACUGAGGAAUCAGAUGAAGAUGGUGAUGAAGAAACUGAAGAAGAAGAGGAUCCUGAACAGUAUCGUCUGGCAAGGAGAAGGCCUGGAUCAUCUAAAAUCACCAUCUAG